AUGGAAUUUUCAUUCAUCAACAAGGCGAACUUCGACAAGGAUUGUAGUAUAUACAACGCUAACACGGAGUUUUAUCAUAAUAAUAAUGCAAGUGGCGGACUCUCUUCUGUGGCAAAUCACAUGAAUCACUAUAAUUUAAUGAUUGACUCAUCCAACUACAAGCUAUGUGCCAACGAGACUGCGAUGAGAGGUUCUCUGAAUCAGGAAUCGAGCUUACUAUUUUCAAAGAUAACCACAGUUUCAGAAUUUUAUCCUGGGACUCACAACAUAGCGUCCUAUAACUCGGAUUUCCAUUUAAAGUCGUAUGGCGAUGACGGUUUGAGCUUGACGGAUAAAUCAAAACAGAGACGGAUUCGAACUACCUUUACAUCGAACCAACUGAACGAGCUGGAGAAGAUCUUUUUAGAGACCCACUAUCCAGAUAUUUACACAAGAGAGGAAAUCGCAUCAAAACUGCAUUUGACAGAAGCCCGAGUUCAGGUGUGGUUCCAAAACAGGAGAGCCAAGUUCCGCAAGCAGGAGCGACAUGCCAUCUACAUAAUGAAAGACAAGUCCAUCAAAAUGGACAACCGCAAGAGUUCCGUAUCCGGCUCUAAGUAUCUAAGUCCAACAUCGGUAGUUAAGAGUUCCCAGAAUGCCCGUCAAAUGAAAUGCUUAUACGAUCAAAUAUAG